GAGGCCUUGGCAGCACUGUGUGACCGCUCCACACCCACAGGAGUUUUGUGUCAACCACUUCGCGGGAGUUGUCAGUAGUGGAGCUGUCGUCUCUUUAAACUAGACCAAUACUACACAGGAGACUGAAGGGCAACCAUGUCUGACAGAAAGGCAGUGAUCAAAAACGCUGACAUGUCGGAGGACAUGCAGCAGGAUGCUGUGGAGUGUGCCACGCAAGCCCUGGAGAAGUACAACAUCGAGAAAGACAUCGCUGCGUAUAUCAAAAAGGAGUUUGACAAGAAAUACAACCCGACCUGGCACUGCAUUGUGGGCAGGAACUUUGGCAGCUACGUGACUCACGAGACCAAACAUUUCAUUUACUUCUACUUGGGUCAGGUGGCCAUCCUGCUGUUCAAGUCCGGCUGAAGGAAUGCUUUGUAUCUCCAAAACCAGCUGACCAUAUAUACAGUACUGACUGACUUCGACAAAGGCACUUAUCAUUCCUUGGCGAGAGGGCCGCUGCCUUUUUCUGUGCUGCUUUCUACUUUGUUCUGUUUUUUGAGGAAAAAAAAACGUGGCCAUGUAAGAGAGAUAAAAAAAAACACUUGUAUUUAUUUUUGUCUUGUCACAUUAGACAUCAUUUUUUUAAUUAAAGCGUAGCUGUUAAGCUGUCUGGGUCCAA